AUGACAAUGAUAUACCAGCUCACGAAGUUGCAUAGACUGGCUCUACAGCAUGCCCCUCUCCUUCCCGGGCACAACGUUGGGACCCUCAACCCUCAAGCCCUGGCAACUUUGGCAGCAGCCAAUAGUCUGGGCCAACCCGGCGCAGCCACUGCUGCCAUGGCCCCUACAGCCGCAGCCACCACCGAGAUGAGUAUUCCCAAUGAUCUAAUCGGGUGUAUAAUAGGGAAGGGCGGCGCCAAAAUUAAUGAAAUUAGGCAACUGUCGGGCGCCACCAUUAAAAUCUCAAACUCGGAAGAAGGUUCAAAGGAUAGAGCGGUCGCCAUCUCAGGCACACCUGAGUCUAUAAAUCUGGCCCAAUAUCUAAUCAAUACGAGCGUUUCUCAAUCAUAUGAGACAUACAGUGACUUUGACUCUAAUGACAAAUCAAAUUAACUAUUCAAUCAAUGAAUCGCGA